UGUUUGAGACCACCCGCGCAACACGUCCAGCGCUUUCCGCCACGCAGUUUGAGCCCUGCCGCCUACUAUAGGCAACUUCACGGAGUGGCUACACUCUGUCACGUGAUCUCCCCAACUGCGCCAACAUGGCUGCGCCCGGGUCCUAAUCUGGGAAACGUGUACCGAGACCACUUCGGUAUUCGGUAUCUCCAGAGAAGAGCCCUGUUUGUGGAGGGGCAGCCCCAAGGGCCGCGGAGUCCAGCCGCAAUGGAGAAUGGUACGGGGUCCUGCGGGGAAGAGCGACCACCUGAGGCCCAGCAGACGACGGUCACCGAGGGGGCCGCGAAGAUCGCCUUCCCCAGCCCCAACGAAGUCUUCUACAACCCGGUGCAGGAGUUCAACCGGGACCUGACAUGUGCGGUGAUCACCGAGUUUGCUCGCAUUCAGCUCCGGGCCAAAGGAAUCCAGAUCAAGGUGCCAGGUGAGAAGGACGUGCAAAAGGUGGUCGUGGACUUGUCAGAGCGAGAGGAGGACAAGGCUGAACUGAAAGAGGGUGCAAGCCUGGCCUCAGGAGACCAACCUCGAACAGCUGCUGUUGGGGAGAUCUGUGAGGAAGGCUUGCAAGUGCUGGAGGGCCUGGCAGCCUCAGGCCUACGUUCCAUUCGCUUCGCACUAGAGGUGCCUGGGCUCCGAUCUGUUGUUGCCAACGAUGCCUCUGCCCAAGCCGUGGAUCUCAUGCGCCACAAUGUGCAGCUCAACGGUGUGGCCCACCUGGUACAGCCCAGCCAGGCGGAUGCCCGGUUGCUGAUGUACCAGCACCAGAGGGUGUUGGAGCGGUUUGAUGUCAUCGACCUGGACCCCUAUGGUAGCCCUGCCCCCUUCCUAGAUGCCGCUGUGCAGGCUGUAAGCGAAGGAGGGCUGCUGUGCAUCACCUGCACGGACAUGGCAGUGCUGGCAGGGAACAGCGGAGAGACGUGUUACAGCAAGUAUGGGGCCAUGGCCCUCAAGAGCCGGGCCUGCCACGAGAUGGCCCUGAGGAUUGUCCUGCACAGCCUAGACCUCCGAGCCAACUGCUACCAGCGCUUUGUAGUGCCGCUGCUCAGCAUCAGUGCUGACUUCUAUGUGCGUGUUUUCGUUCGAGUCUUUACCGGCCAGGCCAAGGUCAAGGCCUCAGCCAGCAAGCAGGCGCUGGUGUUCCAGUGUGUGGGCUGUGGGACCUUCCAUCUGCAGCGCCUGGGCAAAUCAGGAGCCUCUGGUGGCCGGGUCAAGUUCUCUGCAGCCUGUGGUCCCCCCGUGGCCCCUGAGUGUGAACACUGCGGGCAGCGACACCAGCUGGGCGGUCCCCUGUGGGCAGAGGCCAUCCAUGACCUGGACUUCGUGGGUCGUGUCCUCGAGGCUGUGAGCACCAACCCAGGCCGCUUCCACACCUCAGAGCGGAUCCGUGGGGUUCUGAGCGUCAUUACCGAGGUGGGACCCAGCUGUGACAGGGAGGGGGCUCCACCUGUGCCCAGACAUCCUUCCUUCAUCCACUCCAUGCCCAUCCCACCCCCCUUGCAGGAGCUCCCGGAUGUGCCCCUCUACUACACGCUGGACCAGCUGAGCAGCACUAUUCACUGCAGCACGCCCAGCCUCCUGCAGCUGCGGUCGGCCCUCCUCCACGCUGGCUUCCGGGUCUCACUUUCCCAUGCCUGUAAGAACGCCAUGAAGACAGAUGCCCCCUCCUCAGCUGUCUGGGACAUCAUGCGUUGCUGGGAGAAGGAGUGUCCGGUGAAACGGGAGCGUCUGUCAGAGGCCAGCCCAGCGUUCCGCAUUCUCAGCACGGAGCCUGGGCUGCAGGCUAACUUCACCAUCCGGGACGAUGCCAACCCCAGCUCCCGCCAGCGAGGACUCAAGCGCUUCCAGGCCAAUCCCCAGGCCAACUGGGGCCCUCGGCCCCGUGCCCGGCCAGGGGGCAAAGCAUCAGGCCAGACUGUGGAGGAGAGAUGCAGGUUGCUCCAGAAUAAGCGAAAAGAGCCAGCUGAGGACCCGGCCCAGCGGGCUGCCCGGCUCAAGACAUUUCCCUGCAAGAAGUUCAAGGAGGGCACCUGUCAAAGGGGGGACCAGUGCUGCUAUUCCCACAGUCCCCCAACACUGGAGGUCGCUGCUGAAGCUGCCUCCACUGGCUGUCCAGGGACUCCUUGCCAGAACCCACCUGGACCUGAGGCUGCCACUGGUCCCGGUGUAGACUGAGCCAAUAAAGAGAUGUCACCUUC